GAGUUUAAGUGUCUUUUUAGUAAUCAGACAGAUUCUUAUGGUGUUUAGAUGUUUCUAUGAGUAGCUGUUGAAUAAUUUCAGCUAAUCUGCGCUUCUACAGAAGUUCUUUUAGCUCCCGUAGCUUAAGAUCAGCCUCAGUACUGCUGUAGAUAUUAAUUAGUAUAGAGCAGAGUCAGCUUGUCUAGUUAGCUAACUAGCUAAGCUAGAGCAGUGAGGCAUAGCUAGCAUCAGUUAUAGGUGUCUGUUAGUGUUUAUAAUCAUCAGGCAGCUUCUGACGGUGUUUGGGUAUUUGUAGAUGUGUGAACGUGGAGAGAUUUCAUCUUAUCUGAGCUUCUACAGAGGUUCUUUUAGCUCCUGUAGCUGCUGAAGAUCUGCCUCUCUGCUCGCCCUGCUUUAGUGGCGUUGGCUGCUCUCAAGCUCUCCAGCUUUCUGAAGGGCAGCUCUCUCUCUGAAACAGACGGAAGCUUUCCACUCAAGUCUUCCUCAGUCUGGGGCUUUAGUUUCCAGGCUUUAAUGUCCUCCACCUCGGGAUAACCAGCUGCUCCUUUCUCUAUGCGAACCAUGAGGGUGAAAAUUGGGUUUUUACUGCGGAGUUUGCUGGUAAUCGGUACGUUUUUGGGGCUGGUUCUGCUCUGGUCUUCUCUAUCUCCCAAACCCGGCGACGACAGCCCCUUUGCUAAGCUGGAAGGAAGAGAUGCUCCAAACCUCCCACCCAACCCUCAAAACGAAGUAGCCGAUCAGUUCAAACCCGUCGUCCCUUGGCCCCAUGUAGAAGGUGUGGAGGUGGACCUGGACUCCAUCCGGCAGAAGAACGGUGCAGACAAGCCAAACCCGAAGUUCAAAGCCCAGGAUCAACAGAACAUCAUUCAGAAACAGUACAUCACCUUCAAACCCCACAGUAACGUGUACUCUGACCCCGUGCUGCGCAAGGGCAGUCUGGGCAACUUUGAGCCCAAAGAGCCAGAACCACCAGGGAUUCCUGAAGGUCCAGGGGAGGGCAGUAAACCUUUUGUUCUGGGACAGGAGUACAAAGAUGCAGUUCAGGCCAGCAUCAAGGAGUUCGGUUUCAACAUGGUGGCCAGCGACAUGAUCUCACUGGACAGGACUGUCGGUGAUUUGCGGCACGAAGAAUGUAAGUACUGGCACUAUGACGAGAACCUGCUGACCUCCAGCGUGAUCAUUGUGUUCCAUAACGAGGGCUGGUCUACCCUGAUGAGGACCGUGCACAGCGUGAUCAAGAGAACGCCCCGCAGAUACCUGGCCGAGAUCGUCAUGAUCGACGACUUCAGCAAUAAAGUUCACCUGAAGGAGAGACUGGAGGAGUAUAUAAAGCAGUGGAACGGGCUGGUUAAACUGUUCCGCAAUGAAAAAAGAGAAGGACUGAUCCAGGCCAGGAGUAUAGGGGCCCGCAAAGCCACACUUGGACAGGUGUUGAUCUACCUGGAUGCUCACUGUGAAGUUGGGGUGAACUGGUAUGCUCCACUGGUGGCCCCCAUAUCUAAAGACAGAACGGUUUGCACAGUGCCUUUGAUAGAUUACAUAGACGGCAAUGAUUAUACGAUAGAGCCGCAGCAGGGCGGGGACGAGGACGGGCUGGCCCGGGGAGCCUGGGACUGGAGCCUGCUGUGGAAGAGGGUUCCUCUGAGCAGCAAGGAGAAGGCUAAAAGAAAGCAUAAGACUGAGCCCUAUCGGUCUCCGGCAAUGGCCGGUGGGCUGUUUGCUAUUGAGCGAGAGUUCUUCUUCGAGCUGGGCCUGUAUGAUCCCGGCCUGCAGAUCUGGGGAGGAGAAAACUUUGAAAUAUCAUAUAAGAUAUGGCAGUGUGGAGGACAGCUUCUGUUCACUCCUUGCUCUCGUGUGGGACACAUCUACCGUCUGUCUGGAUGGCAGGGAAAUCCGCCUCCUGCACAUGUGGGCUCCUCCCCCACACUUAAGAACUACGUGCGUGUGGUGGAGGUCUGGUGGGACGAGUAUAAGGACUAUUUCUACGCCAGUCGUCCUGAAACCCUCACUCUGGCUUACGGAGACAUCGGCCCUCUGAAGAAGUUCAGAGAGGAGCAUCGCUGCAAGAGCUUCAAGUGGUUCAUGGAGGAAAUUGCUUACGAUAUUCCCAUCCACUAUCCUUUACCGCCCAAGAACGUGGAGUGGGGAGAGAUCCGUGGAUAUGACACGAGUUACUGUAUAGACAGCAUGGGCCACACAAACGGUGGGAAUGUGGAGAUCGGGCCGUGCCACAGGAUGGGAGGAAAUCAGCUGUUCAGAAUCAAUGAAGCCAACCAGUUGAUGCAGUACGACCAGUGCCUGACGAAGGGAGCAGAUGGCUCAGCUGUCAUCAUCACACACUGCAAUAUGAAUGAAAACACUGAAUGGAGGUACUUUAAGGAUCUACACCGGUUUACACACAUACCGACGGGGAAGUGUUUAGAUCGCUCGGACGUCCUGCACAAAGUCUUCAUCUCUGACUGUGACAACAGCAAGAGCACUCAGAAAUGGGAAAUGAACAACAUCAUGGCGGUCUGAUUCCACGACUGAGGACUUAAAGCAAUGCAGACUCUCUCCGGCUCUGUUUACAGCUCCAGGUGUUCACAGUGUAAAUACAUCUGAAGGAGACGUCCUGCAUUUUAAAUCAUCUCCAGCCAUGAGCGCCUAUCAUGAACUCGGACACUUUUUACUUUUUAUGUUUAUUUUUUUAUCCCCCACUCCAUCGCACAUUAUGUUUACAAGCGUUUUUUUCUCCCGGUCUUCAUGCUGCUACGGGCUUUGUUUUAUUUUAUUUUAUUUUUUUGUGGGUUUGAGGGUUUUUCUGACUGCAGCAUUAGGGAGAAGGUGCUCAUGGAAAAGCUGAAAGUUCUAAAACCACGAUUUUAACUCUACGCUGCUCCAUUAGAAAGCUUUUAGUCUUCUUUACUGCAAGACAUAUGGAUUAAUACCACUAUGAGAAGUUUUUCUUUUUGUUUUAAUACUGAGGUUAACACUGGACAUUCAUCAUGUUUGAGAGGAAACACUCCACACAAAUCCUCUGGUCUUUGGCACAGUGAAACUUUAAAUCUGAAAACUGCAUUUUUCCAUGAAGUAUGAGUAAAGAAAUGUCUGGGGAUGAAGUUCUGGGAACUGGGAAAAGGGUUUGGAGGCAAAGGGUUAACAAUAGAAAUGAGGGUAUAUAUUUAUUUUUUUCUAUUUGCAUUGAUGUCUGCUUGGUAUCGGGAAUGUUUACUUGUUAUGUGAAAACUGAUGAUUUAAAUCUAAUAAGAAUCACUGGACAAUGGGUUUUGUCACUUGCCAAAUAUCAGCAAUCCCAAUAAUGAGGAGCAGCGGCGCGUCAUGUGGGCAAAAAUUAAAUAACUGCAGCGUAUGCUAUUUUUUGUACAAUGUAAAUAUGAUCAUUUCUAAAUUAACAUUUUGAGACGCAGUGAGCCUCGUGAAGGUGUAAAUAUCUAACUUAUAAAGUUAUAUUGGCACUGUUUUCUCAAGAGAAUAAAUUGAACUUUCUACCAGUUUACAGUCGUUGUAAACAUCA